UCUGUUCAUCCCCAUGGCGUCGUCUCUUGCAAUGCACGCCACGGUUUUCCCUUGGCUUGCGGGAUUCGAAGAAGCUUGCUCCCUUCGCAGAGUCGCAAGCUUCUGCUCGAGAUCUCGGAUAUUGUUGAUUAGAACCGGCCAGUGCUUCCUCUUGAACGGGCUUAUUUUUCUGGGAAGUUUAUUUAUUCUGAAACCCGUGGUCAUCCCAAUUCUUCUGUGGAUACUGCCUGAUCAGUAUGAACAAUUUAAUGCAGAGCAUCUUUAUUAUCACAAAGCUGUUAUGCCAUUCUAUGCCUUGUUACGUUCCAUCCUAAUUGAACUUGUCUAUAUUUUCUGGUUCUACCCUCUGUACAUCUUCAGCUUUGUUCUAAGGACGUUAUGGUACAAUGAUAUUGCCAAGCAUGCUUUUGAAGUGCUGAAAAGUAAAGAAUCAACAACACAAGCAUAUGGAAAAAAUGAAUUAACAGAAUCCCAGAGCACUAGUACUACAGAGAUACCAGGGGGGGGUUUGAAGGUGUGUGUCUUGCAAUUGGCGAGCAGAUUUAUUCCAUCCUUUUGUUGACCCUCUUUUUCAUAGAGGUUUUUGCAACAGGUUUCAUUCCUUAUUUUGGCAAGG